UCUGGUUUAGAUCCGAGAGCUUAACCUGUACUCCGAGGGCGACCUUACGCCAUAUAACCAGGUGCUGGAGAGUUUCACACUGCGGCGCUGCUGGGACGAGUGCUUGGACAGAGCCAAGAUCCACGAGAGACGGACUCAGAUCCAUGACUUCAACAGGCAGAACCGCUGGACAAAACGGGGUCUGGCUGUGGUUCCUACAAAGUUUGGCAUUGCUUUCAACGUGGUCUUCCUCAAUCAGGCCGGAGCUCUGGUUCACAUUUACACCGAUGGCUCGGUUCUUGUGGCUCAUGGAGGGACUGAGAUGGGCCAGGGACUUCACACCAAGAUGAUCCAGGUGUGCAGCAGAGCUCUGGGCAUUCCUGUGACAAAGAUCCAUGUUUGUGAGACAAGUUCUCACUCUGUGGCCAACACCAGUCCCACCGCAGCUUCGGUGUCCUCAGACCUGAAUGGAGCUGCGGUGCUCAAUGCCUGUGAGAUCCUUGGUCAGAGACUACAGCCCUACAAGGACCGGGACCCACAGGGUGCCUGGGAGAGCUGGGUGAAGGCGGCAUAUUUUGACAGAGUGAAUCUGAGCGCUAACGGCUUCUACAGGACUCCAGGUCUGGGAUAUGAUUUUGAGACAAACUCGGGGCGUGCGUUUAACUAUUUCACUUACGGUGUGUGCUGCAGCGAAGUGGAGAUCGACUGUCUAACCGGGACGCAUAAGAAUCUGAGCAGCACGAUUGUGAUGGAUGUGGGCAACAGUCUGAAUCCUGCUUUAGACAUCGGACAGGUGGAGGGUGCGUUCAUGCAGGGAAUUGGUCUCUUCACCCUUGAGCAGCUCCUUUACAGUCCAGAUGGGGUUCUUCUGACCCGAGGACCGGGAACCUACAAGAUCCCAGGGUUUGGAGACAUUCCCACACAGCUACAAGUAUCUCUGCUCAGGGACGCACCCAAUGACAAGGCACUCUACUCCUCUAAGGCAGUGGGUGAGCCACCUCUGUUUCUCGCUGCUUCAGUGUUUUUUGCACUGAAAGAUGCAAUUGCUGCAGCGCGUAUGGAGGCAGGGCUGAGCGGUCCAUUCCGGUUGGACAGUCCGGCCACAGCAGAAAGGAUUCGCACGGCAUGUGCCGACCGCUUCACCAAAAUGUGCCCUGUGGCUGAACCUGGGACCUACAAACCCUGGGCUGUUCUGGUCUGAACUAGACUAACAC